AUGAAUGACAGUGAAAGCCUAGACAGCGAAGUACUAGAAAAACAAUAUGAAAUAAUAAAAUACGCGAAAUAUCAAGAUUUUAUAAGACUACAAAUAUUAAUACAACCAUAUCUUUUAAACAAUGACAUAGAAAUGUUGAAUUCUAUAAACAUCUUACACUGGGCAUGUUAUUGUGGUUUCACGGAACUAGUAAAGAAAUUGAUAAGUUUUAAUUGUGAUAUAGAAAAAGAAGAUUUAGUAAAUAAUGAUACUCCUAUUUAUUAUGCUAUUAAAAAUAGUAAUUACGAAAUAGUAUUAUUAUUAAUAAAAUGUUUUGGUAUAUCUAUUUUAUUUCAUAAGAAUAGAAGAAGAAUGAGUCCAUUCUUAACAGCUAUUUGUGAAUUUAAUGAAGAUAAAAUUUUAGAAGCUUUACAUAUAUUAGAAUUAUUAUAUAUGAAUGGUGUUAGUCUAGAAGAACAAAAUGAACAUGGACAAACUGCCUUAUUUUUAAGUGUUAAAAAAAAUAAUAUAAGUACUUUACAAUGGCUAUUAACAAAAGACGUAAAUAUUAAUCAUAGAGACUUCUAUGGAAAUACUGUAUUACAUAUAGCUGUACGUCAUUGUGAUAUUGAUAUAUUAAGAUUAUUAUGUGAUUAUGGAUGUUUAAAUAUGGUUUAUUAUUCAUGUAUUGAAAAUAAAAAUACAAAUGUUUUUCAAUUAUGUAUUAAAAAUAGAUAUUUUCUAGUAUACAUAUUAUUAAAAAAAUGGGUAUUACAAAAUAAAAUAUGCUCAAAAUUAAAAAUAUGUAAAACCAUUUAUGCCUUUUAUUUUUGGUUUUUCGCAUUACUAAAUCUUAUUGUUUAUUUUAAUAUAGCUCACUCCUUUUCUAUUAUUAACAAAUAUCAUAUUAAAUCACUCAUUUGGAUUACGAUAUGGCUAUUUCAACAAUUUUUAUGGUGCAUGCUCUACUUUAAAUCACCAGGAUUUUAUAAAGAAAAUUAUAUGUUCAAUAAAAAUAAAAAAAAUACACAAAGUAUGAAAUAUAAAAAUUCCAAUUUAAUGUAUAAUGGAACCUUCAAAGGAAAUGCAGAAUAUCAACUUAAUAAUAUUGAAAGGGAAAUAUUUCAAAUUAAUAAAAAAAUUAUUUCUACCAAUUUUAAUACCCUCACACCUAUUAAUCAUGAUCAAGAUUUAUCCAAUAAAUAUAAUGACAUCUUAAUUAAUCUAGAGUAUCAAAAAUUGUCUUUAUAUUCUCAGGUUUCUCAGGAACGAAUAAAUUCCUUGGAUGAGGACUACAGGAACGCAAUUUUAUAUAAUCAAAAUCCAAGGAAUAUUUGUGUGACCUGCAAUAUUAUAAAGCCACCGAGGGUUCAUCACUGUGCUGAAUGUUUCCACUGCAUAGUACAUCAAGAUCAUCACUGUGUAUGGGUUGAUAAUUGCAUAGGAAUAAAAAACCAGCGCUGUUUUUAUAUGUUCAUCUUUUGCAUAUUUGUUUUACUAUUAUAUAAUUACUAUUAUGUUUAUUUAUAUUUUCAUUUAUUCCAAGCAACAAUCAACUAUGCUUUUGGAUCGUUAGUCAUUUUAUGUAAUUUUAUUAACAUAACAUUAUUUGCAUUUAUUACGUAUUUAUUUGCAAGAAAUACAAGAACUAUUUUGACGAAUGUCACUUUUUACGAGCACUAUAAAAAACCUAAUCAUAUAACGGAUAAAUAUAAUACCGAUUUAAGAUGUUGGGAUUUCCAAAAUUUAAACUUAAAAGGAAUAUUAAAAAACAUUUAUUAUUUUUGGUCCUUAAACUAUGAUGAACCAUAUGUUAGACAAUGCAAAAAAACGUCUAAUGAUGUGUGUUAUACAUUAAUAUCAAACACAUGA